ACAAAGUUGACCCCCCUCCAAGGCAUAAGGAAUGAACUUAAAAAGUAUAACAUAGUUAAAAAUUCAAGAAUAAUGUGUAACUAAAGAUAAUAAAAAAAAAAAAAAUGUUUAAAUUAUUAUUAUUCUGCAAGUUAUUGAGUGGGUUAUGAUAAAAAAAUCAUCCUGUAUACUAGGGUGCUACUUAUUCAUACAUGAUGAUUUUUUUUUUGUAAUUCUUAUGAGCGCCGGUCAAAAUUUUAUUAGAAAUACCAUAAAUAUAAAUCAUGUUAAGUUUCAGCCCAUUUGAACUACUUUAACACGUGCCGAUUUGAGUUUAAAGUUUUGUGUAAAUUCGUAAAAUCCGUUAUUUUGACAUAUAAUCGUUACAAUUUUCAUUUUACAAAAAUUUUUAUAGAACAAUAAAUGUAGUACAAAACACGUUUAAAAAAAAUGAUCUCUUAAUAUUUUUUUAUAAAGUGAACUCAUUCUCAGAAAAAUAACAAAAUAUGUGCGAUUUCGCGUAUUAUAGAAUAAACAUAACUUUAGUGUUGUAUAGUUUUUUUUUUUUUUUUUAUAGCCUUUAUUAUAAUGUGUUGUAUAGUUAUAUUUUUAAUACGGUUUCUUAUUUAUAAACGACAAUAAAAUUUUUGUUAUUAUUAUGAACAUCAUUUUAAGUUUAAGUUAAAAUUUAUAAAUGUCACUUUUAUCACAUAUACUGACUCAUAAAAUAGUAAUCUCGGGAAUCGUUGAAUUGUCCAAGUACGAUAAUAAUCAUACAUGUGCAAUAUUCGGAUUCUUUUAUUUUACAUUUACCGUGUACCUCUAACGUUAUCUAAAUGGAACUAUUUUGAUCCAAUAAAGUAAUUGUAAAUAGAAUCAUUACCAUUUAUUGAACAUUAUUUCUCUUGAUGUCAUACUUAUUGUUGUCUAGUUAGGUUUAAGAGUUGUUUGUAAAUCAGUAAAAGUAUUUUUAUUUUAAGUUUUUUUUGCGGGGGUUUUAUUAUUUAAUUAAUUAAAAUGCCACUUCGUGAAAAAAAUUUUAUAAUCAGCCACAUGGAACAUCAAAUCACGGGAAGUAAAUUACCAUCUAGAGGAGAUUGUUUAAAAGUUUUAAUGUAUAAUAGGAGAUUUACAAAAUUAAAUUUAAACGAAAGUGCUGCUGUAGUUAUAGAAGAAUGUUUAGUUUUUUGGAAGACAGCUCGAAUACCGACUCAAGAACCUCAUAAAUGUAAAGACAAGUUGAAAAAGUUGUAAUGAAGAAUGGAGAUCAUUAACAAAAAAUGCCAAAAAAAUUUCUGAAAAUUUAAGAAAAAAAGAAAAUAUGUUUUUAGAAAAAAUCAAUGAUUUAUUUGAUAUAGCCCACCAAAACGCACUCGAAUUGAUUAAAAUUGAAGAAGAUAGGCUAUUUUUAAAUAAACAAAGAGAAAAAGGACGUCCAGGUUCAAUGUUGGGAGUAGAUAGAAAACUAAGUCGGAUUGAAAAACGAAAAUUUACUCGUGAAGAAGAGAUUAACACUAGGCGUGAAAAGUAUUUAAAUACGCCGUCUACGUCAACUGGAAUUAUACAUUAUUCAGAUUUUGAUGAAUGCGAUAUUCAUGUAAAAUUAAAUGAAGAAAAAAACAUUCAAAAUAUUAGAGACGGUAUAAUUGAUGAUUUUGAGUCAGUAAUGGAGUUUGAAAAUGAAGAAAAAAUUCCAAAUUCUGAAGUUGAUACAGUUGUAAUACCUAAACGAGCUCGUAAAGAAAUUUUAACACCACGAUUAGCUGCAGUACUUGAUAAGUGUAAAAUAAGUGAGAGAGAUACGGUCCAUUUACUUACAGCUUUUUUGGAUGCAGUUUCAUUAGAUUCAGCUGAUUAUAUAACUAAUCGUACAUCUAUCCGUAAAGCAAGAGAUGAUUAUCGAAGAACUUACUAUGAAAAGGUAAGAAAAAAUUAUUUAAGUAUAGAGAAAGAUGUUGUAACAAUACAUUGGGACACAAAAUUAUUAAGUAACAUUAUUGGACAAAAAGUCGAUAGAUUAGCAGUAAUUGCAACAUCCCAUGCAGUUGACAAACUUUUAGGAGUACCAGAAAUACCCGCUGGAACUGGUUUAGAAAUAUGCUCCGCUAUUUAUGAAGUUAUUGAUAGCUGGUGAUUGAUAAAUAAUAUUCAAGCGUUUGUUUUUGAUACAACAGAAUCUAACACUGGGAAAUUUAUAGGUGCUUGUUCCUUAUUAGAAAGAAAAAUUGAACGAGAUAUAUUAUUUUUCGGUUGUCGUCAUCAUAUAUACGAAAUAAUAUUAUCAACAGUUUUUACGAUUUGUAAAGUAAGUGUCAUGUCAGGACCUGAAAUUCCGCUAUUUAAAAAAUUUAAAAAUCAGUGGGAUACCAUUAUAAAAACCCAGCACAGGGGGGUCGAGGAACAGUGGUGAUGUGGCAUAGGUGGAUCAAGUAUAAUGAUAUCUGAUUGUGAUUAAAAUCACUAUAAAAAAAAAACGCUUCGAUGCAAAUCUUUAGAUAGUGUUUAAUUUUAAAAAAUUGGUGGAUUAUUCCAAAAGUAACAUGAUCUGCUAGUUCGUUAUUAAUAUCCUGAUUCAGAUAAAGUAUAUCGAAUGAAAAAGGGAUUAUUAAAAAAUAUUAUUUCUCAUAAAAAAAUUGUGUGGAUCCAUAAACUUUUCAAUAAGUUAUAGCAAUAUAAAGUUAAAUAUUAUAUAAAUAAUAAAAUCGAGAAUUUUCACACAAAAAUAGCAUUCGAUAGCUAUUUUCACCAUGAAGACAAAAUAAAGUCCAGAGGUCAAAUUUUUUUUUUUCAAAUUAAAGUAUAUUACAUUAGCUUUAAUUUAAGAUAUAUAUAAAAGUGUCAGACCUUCCGGAACAUUUUCAAAAGUUAAGUUGAAAAAGUUAAUUUUUUGUGAAAAAGUUGUCAUUUUAAAUCCCCCCCUGUGGGCAGGUUAAGUGUCAAAUUUACAAAAAAAAUAUACCAAAUGAUAGGUAAAGACAUCAAGCAUCUAUAAAAAAAAAAUUAUAUUCAUACGUUCAUUUUUGAAAAAGUUACGGCAGUUUUUAGUAAAAAAAAAUUGAAAAAUUUUCGAAAAUUAGCGAUUUUUAAAUUUGUAAUUUUUUUGGAGGUUUCCCCCAUUUACGGGGAACGAGGAAAAUUUUUUCAAUUUUGAAGGGUAAUGUCUUCGACUAGAUACGAUUUGUGAUCUUUUGACUUAUCGUUGAAUGUUCCGGAAGGUCUGACACUUUUAUAUAUAUCUUAAAUUAAAGCUACUGUAAGAUGCUUUAUUAUGAAAAAAAAAAAUUUCGGACUUUAUCUUAUCUUCACGGUGAAAAUGGCUACCGAAUGCUAUUAUUGUGUGAAAAUUCUCAAUUUUAUUUUUUACAUUUUUAACUUUAUAAAGCUAUAACUUAUUGAAAAGUGUAUUGAUCAAUGUAAUUUUUUUAUGGGAAAUACUAUUUUUUAAUAAACCCUUUUUCAUUCGACAUACUUUAUCUUAAUCGAGAUAUUAAGGAACCAGCAGAUCAAGUAGCUUUUGGAAUAAUCCACCAAUUUUUUAAAAUUAAACACUAUCUAAAGAUUUGCAUCGAAGUGUUUUUUAUGAUAGUGAUUUUAAUCACUGUCAGAUAUCAUUAUACUUGAUCCAUCUAUGCCACGUCACCACCGUGCCGCGACCCCCCUGUGCUGGGUUUUUUUUGGGGGCUGUUCUUCCAGAAGGAAUAAAAUUUUAAAAACCAGGAGUAUACCAUUUAGCACGUUGGAUGGCUAAAGGUAUAUACGGCCUAAAAAUUUUCUUAUUUAGAAAUCAUUUUAAGUUAACUAAACUUGAGGAAAAUUCUCUCGCAGAACUUAAUUGCUUUAUUAUAAAAUGUUACGCUGUGAACUGGUUUACUGCCUCAAACAGUGAAAUAGCUCUUUUAAAUGACAUCAGAUUUUUAAAAAAAUUGCAUGAAUAUUCUAAAAUGAAUAAAGAUAUUUCUGAAGCUACUAUUAGAAAAUUUUUAAAUCAUUUAUAUUAUUUGAAUGAAGAAUGUUUAUCUUUUGCAUUAUUCGAUCAAAGAGUAGACGAUGAUACAAAAUUGAAAAUGGCUAAAAAAUUAUGUGAAGACAUCUUCGAUGAAGAAGAUGAAAUAGAAGAAGAGAUUGAGACCCCCAAAAAACUAAUUUUAAAAAAGGUGACAUUCCAUUUAUUUUUAAUGAUGACGAUAAAACUAUUUUAGUUAAACUUAUUAGUAAAAAAUCUCUAAAGAUGUUUAAAAGAUUCAAUAUAAAUAGUGAUUUUUUAAAAACUCAUCCCAACACGUGGAAUAAUUCAGCUAAUUAUAAAUAUGGCGAGGAAAAAAUUAAAAAACUUAAAGUUGUCAACGAUGGAGCAGAAAGAGGAAUUAAACUUAUUGAGGAAUUUGAUCAUAAAAUUACAAAAAAUGAAGAGCAAAAACAAUUUCUUCUGCAGGUAAAUAACAUUAGUUAAUAGUUUUGAUAAUAAAUAAAGCUAUUUAUUUUUAAUUUUUAGACUAUACAAGAUUAUCGUGAAAAAUGUCCGAAUCCAUCUCUAAAUGUUCUUAAAAAAAACCUCUGAUUUUUUUUAUUUAAUAUUAUUUAUUUUUUAUUUUUUUAA